AUGGAAGUCUUGGGUCAAAAUUCAGGAUCCAAUCAUGAAGAAAUGUCAGAAUCUGGUAAGGAUUUGGCAAUCGAGUUUGCGAUUCUACGACUUCCAGUCGAGAUGCUGGUGCGUUUUAAAUGCGUAUCACAGUACUGGCGUGAUUUGAUCAACAGUGAGGAAUUUCAGAGUUUGUACCUUCACCAUAGCAACACUAGUAGGGACAAGUUCCAUGUGUUUGUGUCGAGCCGUCGGCGUCAAGGCCAAAAGAACAUUCAUAAGCUAGGUUUUGUUGAUGAUACUCCUAAUCAAGUACUGCAAGAAAUUUACAGCAAACGGUUUAAAAAAGACUAUGAAAUUGUGGGUUCUUGCAAUGGGUUAAUCUGUCUUUAUUGUGAUAUGGAGUUUAAGCUUGCUCUCUGGAAUCCAUUCACGAGGAGAUAUAAAAUGUUACCCAUGGCUAAGGUCAACAGGAUUCAAGGAGGGGAACAACAUCUGAGCCAUGGACUUGGAUGCGUGAAAGAUGACUACAAGGUGGUCCAAAUCAUCCAGUCUUUCAAGAAAGGUAACCUAUUGGAAACUGAAAUAAAGGUUUACAGCUUGAAAUUAAAUUCAUGGACAAAGGUCGAAGAUUUCCCAUUCGGUGGGUCUGAUUUUCCCAAUAAUGGGUGUUUUCUAGAUGGUGAUUUAUACUGGUUGGCAUGGACUAAACCAACUGCAAAACACUUACUUGUUAGGUUUGAGCUAGAGGCGGAAAAGUUUGAUCAGCUGGAACUUCCUAAUGUUGACGAUAGUGCUGAACUCCAUUUGGGGGUUUUAGGAGGCUGCUUAAGUAUGUGUGAAUCAAAAGAGGACUCUGCUGUCAUAUGGGUGGUAAAAAAAAGGGUACCUUGGGCUGUACAGGAUAUAGUUAGGCUUGAAGACUCUGACCAAGCCUCGUACUUCAAAAUUAUGCCUUUGGCAUAUACGAAUAAGGGUAAAAAGCUUCUCCUAGCUGUCGGGUUCAAUACUUUGCUUUGGUAUGAUUUGAAGGAUAAUGAAGCAAAGGAAUUUUUCUUACCUCGUUUCACUAAAGGUUUCGAAGCUGUGAUGUGCAUUGAAAGUUUGGUUUCACUUGGCGUAGACAGCAAAGCUGAUGAAUGA